AUGAAUAUGAACAUCACCCAGUUGUUUUGGUCCACGCAGGUCUUCACCAAGAUCAAAUACCAGUUCACGUGGAUGCUCUUUGACAAAGUCAUGGCUGGGGCUUGUGGCCCCGUAGCCAUGACGAGUCUCACGGAAUACAACCCUGCACCUACAGGGAUCUCAUCAUUACCCAUUGUUGAGCUCUAUGCAGGUGCGAAUGCAGAUCAAGUACCAGUUCACGUGGAUGCUCUUUGA